AUUUCACUGUUCAUGAUGAAGGCCAAAAUUCGGAGGAGAACAAGGAUAGAUGUCAAUUCGGUGGCGUGUAAUAGGUGCAAGUCACGAAAGCAGAAAUGCACUGGCAAUUUCUCGACGGGAAAACCAUGCUUAGGCUGCGAACGAGCAAAUGUCGCUUGUGAAUAUAGUAAGAAGAAAACCCCAUAUUAUGUCAAGAGCCUAGAGAAAAGAAUAAAAUAUUUAGAACAGCUCCUGAAACAAGAGAAAGGGGGUAAUGCAGAAGUUGACAAUGGUUUAGCUAUCUUUGAUCAGUCGUAUACUGAGAGCCCAGUUGUUGAAGAAAAUGAAGAAGAAGAGGAAGAAGAGGAAGAAGAAGAUGAAGAGGAAGUUGUUUUGAAAAAUGCCAAAAAGAUUGCAAAUAAGGGGAACUCCAAUCUAGGAGCUGACGUUCUUACCAAAUGUGCUGCUCUUUUUCCUUUGAAAGACGACAUGGAACCUUUGUAUGUUGGAUCUUCCGGUUUGAAUAUUGCUUCUUUGCUACAGGAAAAUCUGAAGCUGGAAAUCGCUGAUUCCCUAAAAUUUAGUAACAUACAGAAAGACAUAUAUCAGAGUACAACCUUGAACGAGUACGUAUCUCGCUCACUAGAUGAUUUAUUAUAUGAUGGAAUUAAGCUGAAUCAAUUUGUGGAGACAUACAUUUCAAGAAUACACAACAAAUAUCCUUUUUUGAGACGAGAUGAUAUCUAUGAGCUUCACAAUAAUCGAGAAUCUUAUUUGAAAAGCGGUAAAGCCCACGAUAACAAAACUGAUAUGUUAAACUCUUUUAUUCUUUUAAUGAUAUAUGCGAUUGGCUCUAUGAUGGUGAGCCGAAAAACAAAUCAACCUGGAAUGUCAAAUCCCUCCUACGAAAAUGAUGACUUUGUGUUUUUUACUAGUGCCAUAAAACUAGAUCUUUCUGUGGUGUUUAAGCACAAGGGGAUACUUAAUAUUCAUUCAAUGUUACUGACUGUUUUAUACCAAUUAAGAUUACCAAAUGGUCCAGUGAUUUGGGAUAUGAUUGGUUUUGCGUUGAGAUUGUGUGUGAGUUUUGGAUUUCACAGGAAGAAUAUUGAUCUUUUACACCAGAGGCCUUUAGUGUACCAGCAGAGAAUGUUAACUUUUUGGUCUGCAUAUUCCUUAGAGAGGACCAUUUCUAGCAGCUUUGGAAGGCCAUUUACCUUGUCCGAUCUUGAUAUCGACGUUGAUCUGCCUAUAAAUAUUGAUGAGUCAAUAACUGACGGAAGUUUACUAAUAAAAGAAUACUACUUAACGUUGAAAGAUCGCAAAUCAAAAAAUGUAACAUCAAGAAUGCAGGCAAUUCAUCACUUCAAGUUUGUAAAAAUAGAAAGUGAGAUACAAAAUAAAAUUUACAGAGUUGACACUGAGUUUGAAAGCAUCCCUAGGGAGGAGAUAAACGAUAUCAUAUUAAAAAUGAAACAAUGGGCAUCUGAUAUACCUCCAUCGAGUAGUGCAGAGUAUGAUUACUAUCUUUAUUUGUUCAACAAGCAAAUCCGUUUUUUGUUGCAGCCAUUUUUAUGCAAAUUGAAGCAGGAUGAUCCUUUAUUCGUUGAGUGCAUAGAAGCUGCAUCUACAGUAUGCCAAUUAAGUAAGCGGAUGUACCAAAAUACGAAAACCAGACUUUCCUUUAUUGCGCUUCAGACAGUGUUUUUAAGCGGAGUUACGAUGGUUUACGGAUUGUUGUCCAGAAAGUUUGCUUGGAAUUUUUCUAUUAGCGAAGGUGUACGAUGCUGUAGUGACGUACUAUUUAGCGUUGCUCAAAGAGCCUACACUUGUGGGAUAUUCUCGGAAAUAUUUGUGAAGUUGGUUGCAAUGGUCCAGGAAAAAGAUAAAGGUAACGACCGGGAUUGCAAUGAUAAAAACACUUUUAGGGUUGGAGGUAGAAUAGAUCUGUUUGGUCAGGAUGAAUUAAGGAAAAACGUUCAUGACACUCAUCGCAAGGAAAAUCUGGAGGUUUUUAAUGAAAUUUCGUUGAAGGACGAAAACUUAAAAGAAUUUGAGAACCUCUUUGAUUUUGCCAACUUGGAUUUUCUUGGAACAAACAAACUCGACGCAUUGGUCAAGCGGACAUCUACUAGCGCACAAUUCAUAGAACAAGAUACAUUCAUGGGAUUUUUUGAAUGAACAGCUACUAGGAAUGAAGAUAAUUGGGUAAGCUUGUGCUUUACCAAGAAAGAAAUUAAAUGGGAAAGCCAGGUGUCAUUGUACCUUUUUAGUGCUUAAAAAUAUGUAGUUGUUUAAAUAAUUUGCCUUUUCACUACUGAUGAGCUAUUUCAGAAACAUCUUAAGGACUAAUAGCUCAAAGUUCUAGCCUAUAAUAAGACCCAGUGUUUGAGUAACGGCUGCCCAAAAUUUAUUGAGACUUUAUGGGAGUGGUCUCCUACACAGAACACAUCAUGGCUAAGUACCAACUAAUGAGCAUAG